AGAGUAAUAAUUUCUGAAUGUACAUUAACCUAAAAAACGCUUAUUUUCAUAUGAGUCUUGAUAAAGUACGUUUCGAUAAAGCUCGGUGAACGAUUGUCUAGAUAUAAGUGAAACAUAACGUUAAAAAGAAAUAUGUUUCAGCCGAAUUUUCGCGUUAAACUCGAUUUAAGUAAAUUUUACAAUGAUGCGCGUCGUUUUUCUUGGAUUUUUGUCGACAGUACAAAUAUGUUUCAAAUUAGUCAUUUAAAACAGCAUAUUACGGAAUUGUUGAAUAUCAAUGAACCAUUCCAUUUAUUACUAAAUGAAAACGAAUAUUUACCACCCAGCGAGAAUAUACGCAUUUUAAAAGAAAAUGAAAUAAUUCUGGUUUCUCCUGGAUCUGGAUUAAAUAGCCACUUUGAUUUAUCUAUAAAUAAUCACUUCGACUCAAUUACAAUUUCACCAAGUGAGAAAAAUAUACAAGAGUUAGAGAAUAGUUUUAGGAGUCCAAAUGAAACUAAAAAUUUAUGUCAAAAGCAAUUAAAAAUAUCAAGUGUCACGAAUAUAUCUCAAAAUGAAAAAUUUGAUAUAUCUACAAAUCUCUUCACAUGUCCAAAAAGAAAACGUGUAAGACAUAGAAAAAAGAAAAUAACAGAUGAAGAAACAGUGAUACAAAAAAAAGAAAAUGAAUUAAACAAACCUAAAAUUAUUAAUUCUUAUAUUAUUCCUUUUGGCAAACAUAUUCGUUUUGAUGAUUUAGAAGAUAAUGAUGAGGAAAGAAAGCCUAAAUGUCAACAAAUAAUGAAUGGAACUAAUACAACUCAUGUAUCACCUUCUCAUGAAUUAGCUAAUUUAUUAUCAUUAAGUAAUAAUUCUACUCCUGUUACUUUUACAAAUAUUAAAAAUACAAAUAUUAAAGUAAAAGAAAUACAGGACCCAUGUGAAAAAGUAGAAUCUCAUGAAAAUAAAAGCAUAGCUUCAACUAAUAAUAUUAAUUUAGAAAAGUUAUUAAAUAUAGAUUUCAAAACAUAUCCAAUUAUGAUAGAAAAACCACAACUUAAGGAUAUUAUUGCAUUUAAGAUGCUCAAAAUUGGAUCAGAUUAUACACCACAAAUAUCAGACUUUAUUGUAGCAGAGAUUUUAUCUUAUUGUCCAGAAACAUCAGUAUAUAUUCUUAAAAUAUUACGAGGUUUAUCUGAAGUGCAAGUACCAAUAGGAAAAUUUACAGUUAUGGAAGAUACAGUAGAACAAACAAUGAAUGAUACAAUUACAUUAAAUUAUGCACAAAUAAUGGAACCUCGAUCUAUAUUUAUACAUAAUACAGAUAAAGAAACUACUUCAAAUAUAGAUCAAACAAUUAUUCCAGAUAUAGAUAAAACAAUUACUCCAGAUAUAGAUAAAACAAUUAUUCCAGAUAUAAAUAAAGCAAUUAAUUGUUAAUUAAAUAUCGAUUAUGUAUUAAAUAAAUAUAUAUAAAUAAAUAUAUAUAUUUUAUAUAUUACAGAUUAAAUAUUUUUAUGUAAAA